AAUUGUUGAUUGUAAAAUUUAUUUUAUUUGUAAAAUGGAUACCUUAAAAUUUCAGAAAUGAUAAAAUGCUCAUUGAAUAUUUAAAUAUACAAAAAUCUUUAAAUUUUAAAUCCAAAUUGCAAUCUAGAUUAUUGUAGGUUCCGAUCAAAAGCUGAGAAAAAAUUCAAGCAGAAUUGCUUUUUUCAUUAAAUAAUGGUUAAAUUUACCUUUUGUAGAAUUGUCUAAAAAAUAGAUUGAGAUAAGCUCAGCAGCAUUUAAGAAAAAUUAGUAGUAAAAAUAAUUCAAAAUUCUCAGAAAAUAAGUUAAAUUGGUAAUAUUAAGUGAUAAUUUUGAACAAAAACCUAAAUAUCAUAGUUUUUGAAUUUUUA